AUUCUACCGGCGUUACGAGACAUUAACCUGAGACUUGACGAAAUACUUCUCACGUUCGAACAAGGAACAGGAAAGUCAUGUAUUCUGCAAUCUCAAAAUCUAUUCAGAGUCUUACCACUGCUGAGGACAUGAGGAACCAAACCAAACUCAUAAUGCAGCCCUAUGCCAACUGGGAAGAGUAUCUGACUCCAGCACCUCUAUCCAUAGCCAUCCUGGGAGAGCUGGUUUUUAUCUCAUCCUCAACAGAUUUCUCCAUCAAUAAAAAUUCCCCUAAAGAUGGCUAUAAAUUCAUCAAAUACCCCGAUUCCUUUCGCGCUUGCCUCAUGCAAGUGUGUAACUCUGGUUGGUGGGCAUUUAACGAGGCCCAUAAGAACAUGGAUCAGAUUCGCCUCCAUACUUCCCAAGUUCCACAAUACUUGAAGGCAGCUGUGAAGAUUUUGUUUCAAGGCGAUGAUGAAGUUCUGAAAGCACUUCUUCCUGAUCAACUGGACAAUAUCCGAGUCAUUGCAGAUGAAUGUCUUGAGUUGUCUGUUGGUGCUGAAAAGCGUUUCACUGAUGUCAUAAAUAUCAUCCAAGAGCUGCUAGAAGCAUGUGUGAAUGCAGAGCACUUUUAUGGGGAGGAGAUGGCAGCAAUGAAGAAGAAAUUAGAAGAGAACAAACUGAGAGAGCAGUCAGCUCAAGAAGCCAAGAAAAGGACUGCGGACACAAUGACUGCCAUGGAGAAGCAACUGGAAGAGGCUCAGUCGAGCUACAAAACAGCUCUGGAAUCUCUCCCUGGUGGAUGGAACAUGAUUGCCAUGAAUAUUGUUAGUGAGCUACCAGAAACAAUUGCAUGCAUGUAUGGUGGACUGAUGACAACUCUUAUUUCAAGCACUGUGAAAACUGUGAAACAUUUUUUACCAGGAGGGUCUAAAACUGUGAUCCAGGAAAGUCAAAGGGAUGUGUUUUCUGAAAUAAACAUAUAUAGUAGGUCUGGUGAAAUUUUAAAAAAUAUGCAGAAUAUCCAGCAAGAAAUGAAAGUGAGUAGUGAGGUAGAUGACAUUGCCUGGGCAGAUCUGUAUGAUCAGAAGCACAAACAAACAAAAACAGAUUUCAUAAAAAAACAAUUUGAAAGAUUGGAUGAAACUUUUAAGACAAUCCCUGACUGCCCAUUAAAGACUCAAGCUCAGUCAUUAUGCAAAGAGGGCACGGAAAUAUGCAACCAGCUGGCAAAAUAUGCACCAGAUGGUAAAUGUGACAAAGACACAGAAACUGAGAUAAUAGGCAAGGUCUUGGGUCUGAUCAAGCUAGCCCGUGAUUUUGAUAACAGUAGCAAAGCCGCAACAAAUUUUGUGCCCAUUUAUCCAAAGCCACCAAUGAUGUAUAAAGAAGGAAACAAGUUAGAGAACAUGAAUCCUUCACAGAUGGCCUCAGAGAAUGCACGAUUCGCCAUAGAGCAGACCCGAGCUCAGAUGAACAAGUCAAGAGAGAACUAUCAGAAGUGUGUGGAGAACCUAGAGAAAAACCAGAAGGAACUAACUGAAAUCCUGGUCACUAUGAGAAAUUGUGAACUGAAGGAGAUUGACUUCAAAACUACCAUAAAUAUGCUGGUCAAAGGAAUGGAUGCCAUGGGGAGAGUGAAGGAGCAGUGGGAGAAGAUGGUUCACUUUUUUCAGAUGGUUUCCAACAUUGUGAAAGCUAGCCUGAGCAAAACUCUCAAAAACUUUGCCUCAACAUCAGAGAAAGUACAAAACCUCUCCUAUAAUGCAAAGCUCUUUUCAAUAGAUCUGCUGUACAUUCAAGCGUUCCAAGCCUGUAACAUUGCUAGUCUGGUCCAUAUGAUCUCUGGAACAUACACAGAUGUUUCCAGCAAGUACCUGAUGGACCGUGUCAGUUCACUGGGCAAACUGAUGGUCAUGGAUAAAGAUAGGCCAGAAUUUGAGCGUGAGCGACAACAGCUCCAGAACUCAUGUGAUGAGGCACAAAAAUGCAUCAUAAAACUUGUCUUGAAGAAUAAAGAGGAGUUUGAGAAGAACAGCACUGCAAGACAAGAAAAGAUCGAUCAAGAGUUGCUUGCCAUUCUGCCCGCUGCUCCUCCAGAAGAAAUCAAGAGGAUUCAAGAGUCUGUUCAAGCUGGAUUCACUAAGGAAGAAGAAAAAAAGGAAAAGGAAGAAGAAAAAAAGGAAAAGGAAGAAGAAGAAGCAUCAUACUACUGAUAAAAUGUACUGAAAAAUGUAUUUUUUUAGAUUUACAUUGAAAAUAUGAAACAAGACAAGACCCUUCCUGUCAUCCGUCAACAUCUGCAUUCCCCCCAUGAUUUAGGUUUUAGUAGUACUUCUUUUUACUUAAAUAAUAAAUAAUAGUUGAUUUCUAUUUAGGCAAGCACUCUAUGCAAAUAUUACAAUUUAUUAUUAUUAUUAUUCUCCAAAAUGAAUCACAUUUUUACUUAAAAAAAAAACAAAACAAACAAAAAAAAAAACACGCUAAAACAUACUUGCAAGACUUAGCUGCUAGAAACAUGCUAGAACAUGCAUGGCGAUAUGUAAUGCACUCCUAGCAACAUACUUUAAAAUUACAGUGAGUGUUAAACAUGCUAGAAACAUUUUAAAACAUGCUAGCAGCACUUAUCUAAGCGCUAACGCAUGCUAAUAAUGCAAUGAAACAGGAAGCUGUUGUGUAACUUAAAUUUGCAAUGUCCAAUCUGCCGCAAAUUUAACAUGUUUGAUAAGACGGUCUGACCACAUCUAGAUGCCAAUAUUAUUAUAGUCACAGUGCCACCAGCUGGUAGCAGGAACUCUUAACAUAUAAAUGACUUGGACAUAAUCCUCCUAUAUUUACCUAUUGUUCACUGUUUUCCUAAGACCAUGGGGUGGCGGUGGUACCGGUGUGAAGGCCAGUUCAUCGCUGCUUGCAGUUUUAUUUUUAAUUACUUUAUUUCUUCUUUACCUGUAAUUGUUUUUAUAUUGUCUUCUGCUUCUUGAUUUAUAAUGGACUCUUCUGUUUUCUAAUUUUUGCUUCUUGCCACGAUUUAUUCUUAAAUGAAAUGGUAACACUUUACAAUAAGGUUCCAAUUCUUAACAUUAAUCAACUCUAUUAGUUAACUUGAACUCAAAAUGAAAUAUAAUUCUAAAAUAUUUAUCAAUCUUAGUUCAUGUUAAAUUCAGCUUUUACUAAUAUAUUCUUAAUAUCUAAAGUUUUAUCAGUUAAUAUUAUUUAAUAAUGGGGAUUUUUUUUUUUUUUUUUUUGCAUUUCUGUAACCCACAGUAAAAGCAGCAUGUUGUGAGACAAAAAUAAAAUAAUGGUCAUGUUAAAUAUAGUUUAGCUUAAAGUGGGAAAUUAUGGUGCUUGCUUUUUUUUCUAUUUUACUUUCACUGUUUUGUUUCAUUAUUUCAUUGUUACCAUUUAUUGAUUUACUGUUUUAUGUAUGUUUUUGAUUUUGUGGUUGUUUAUAUGUCAAGUACAUGAUUGUUUAUUGAUUUUCUUAUUUGCAAACAAGAAAUUAUAUAAAGUACAAAUCAUAGAAAAAAAUGGAUCUGAGCUAACAUGAACUAACAAUGAACAGUUGUAUUUUUUGAACUAGAAUUAACAAAGAUAAAUAAAUACUGUAAAAAAAUUUAUUGCUCAUUGUUGGAUUAUGCAUUAACCAAUGUUAACUAAUGGAACUUUAUUGUAAAGUGUUAGUAAAUCAUAUAAAUUAGCUCUGUUCUAAUAACAUGUUGGUCAGAGUUUUUAUCAAUGCAACUUAAAAAUAAAUAAAUAAAUAAAUGUUGAUUAUUAUAGCAAA